AUGUGCCCGAUGUGUUUGGUGGAUGCGUCAAUGAAGACACUCCAGCACAUCCAAGAGUUCAUCAACGCCCAUGAUGGCUUGUCUCAAUGGAAAGAGAACCUCGAGGGCCACUAUGCUAAGUCGACUUACCAUGUCGCCAGUCUGGGUGGUAAGAAGGGGAAGAAUGUGAAUGGAACAGACGUGUCUUACAGACACUGCAAGAGAAACCUAGUCAACUUGAUCAACGAGAUAGAAGAUCUUUCCGAGAUGGAGCUGGCCUGGGAAGCGAAACAGCCUCCUGAGAACAACGACGUUUACAUGCAACAUGUCCGACUCAGGAAGCAGUACAGUGCUACAGCUGCACUGCACUGGUACAAGGACACUGAACACAACGGCUUCAUCGGUCGUGUGGAGGAGGACUGCGAGUUCUUCAGUCAACGCCGUGGUCGGCGCUGGACAAUCGCAAGCGAUCCAGACUUCCCUGACCGAGAUGGCCAUGAACAAGAUCUAGGAUGGAAAUCGCUCAAGAAAAUCCAGCAUAAGCUUCUCAACGAUUCCGAUAUCCCCAAGGUUCAAAGGACCGAUGUCGCAGAGCAACUGCCGAGGCGAAAGCGCCGACGAGAAGGCGCAAGCGUUUCAUGGAACGAAGAUGUUUACGUUCGCACGGAGGCUGACGUGGAUAUGCUCCGUAAGGCAUCGUGCUCACUCUCAGAAGAGUUCCUCGAGCCUUCUCCAAAAAGGCCUAGGAUGGGCGUUCUUCGCACAACUCCACUUGAGGUCACACGAGAGCUUAUUCCCGCUGCACCAGUCGCGAACGGCUCGAACCCUAUCCGCCCUCACUACGUCAUCCCGCUGAGCCGCAACGGACCUCCGAGAGACGUUACUAGGAGCUCGAUGUGCAGGCAUAGACGACGUGGAUAUCGCAAGAACUUCGACGUCCAUGUCGCGAAUAUGGAGCAGCUGCAGAUCGAGGCUGUGAAGUUGGACCGAGAAGACCUUGGCGGGGAUACAGAGAUGAGGGACGCUCCUGCCGCUGAUGCGCAAAGAUCAACACCACAGCCGUCGCGGUGGUCACCAAGCCUUGGGGGUCGACUGGUGAAUUGCAUCGCCAACCUUGGUGUCUUCCAUUUUCCGGGUUUUGACAGACAAGAUCGUGGCGGUGGUGAAACUUCGGCGCCGCAAAACAAUGCUAGACACGCCAGUCUCCUGGCUUGA